AUGGGGACUGUGCAGGAAACGGGGAAAAUGACAUUAGGAGAAGGAGGGGCUGGGGAGAAAGCAGGAGCCGCAGAGCCAGGAGCAGCCCUGAGACUUGGAGAGCUGGAGCUGAGGGAAGAAUGGCAAGACGAGGAGUUUCCCAGAUUGCUUCCUGAGGAGGCUGGCUCAGCUGGAAAUCCCGAAGACCCUCAGAGAGACUCACAGGCCGGUACCCCCAGCACGCUGGCCCUGUGUGGCCAGCGCCCUAUGCGGAAGCGUCUGUCUGCCCCAGAAUUGCAGCUGAAUCUGACCGAGGGAAGAGGAAAAACUGGAGCUUCUCCCAACCAUUCCGAAUCUUCCUCUUCGGAUGGCAGCUUGGACCUGGAGGUGGAUGAACUGGAGACACCGUCCGACUCGGAGCAGCUUGACAGCGGACAUGAAUUUGAAUGGGAAGAUGAUUUGCCUCGGGCAGAAGGCCUGGGGGCCAGCGAGGCAGCUGAGAGGCUGGGCCGGGGUUGUGUGUGGGACGUGGCUGGAGAAGACGGCCAUCGCUGGAGAGUGUUCCGGACAGGACAGCGAGAGCAGCGAGUGGACAUGACCGUCAUUGAGCCCUAUAGGAAAGUGCUAUCUCAUGGAGGUUACCAUGGUGAUGGCCUCAAUGCUGUCAUCCUCUUUGCUUCCUGCUAUCUACCCCCAAGCAGCAUUCCCAACUACACCUACGUCAUGGAACACUUGUUCAGGUAUAUGGUGGGAACUCUGGAACUGCUGGUAGCUGAAAAUUAUCUGCUUGUUCACUUGAGUGGAGGCACACGCAGGGCCCAGGUACCACCUCUGGGCUGGAUACGCCAGUGUUACCGCACCUUGGAUAGGAGGCUUCGGAAAAACCUUCGAGCCCUGGUGGUUGUCCACGCUACAUGGUAUGUGAAGGCGUUCCUGGCACUGGUUCGGCCCUUUAUCAGUUCCAAGUUCACGCGAAAGAUCCGAUUUCUGGACAGCCUUGGGGAGCUGGCUCAACUCAUCUCCCUAGAUCAAGUCCACAUCCCUGAAGUUGUCAGACAGCUGGAUCAGGAUCUCCAUGGCUCAAAGGCACCUAACACAAAACUGGACAAGGGGCCGUAGACUCAGGCCAAGGUGGUGAUUGCUCUGCACACUGGAGCUGUUCUGAAAAUCAUCUCAUGCUGACCCCCCAAGUUCCACUGGAUCCCUGCUUCUGGACACUGCCUUCAAGCUGGGAUUUGAGGGUGGGAACCCUUUAUGUGGGGUGACUUGCAUUUUGGCUUCCAAAAGGAAGACCGA